UUUGCGAGGAACUUGGAAAUUUACCACAGGUCCACAACCCAUUAGUGCAAUUUGCUCCCUCGUUUUCACCGAUUUCGUUCCCUCCUUCGCAGCACCGCCGUCGCUCCCAUUCCCGUCAGUUCUAGUCAACUAAACCCAUUCUCUCUCUCUAAAUCCUCCUAAAAAUUUACCCAACCCAGAAUCCCAGAUCGAGCGAGGAUGAAUUUAGCCGGCAAGUGAUCGGAGGUUUCCCUAUUAUAACAACCACAUAGGGCAACUCAUGCAAUGCGUGAGUAAAUAAAAGCAGCAAAACUGUAAGGAACAGUGAUCUUCAUCCAGUUUCAAGGUUAUAUUGGGUGCACUGGUGGGCUUUUCUGUCUUUUCUUGUGCACAUUCUUGGUCUUUUCACACUUUUCUUGCUGGCGCGUGGCAAAGAUACAGUCCUCAAUGCUGCAUCUCUCUUGUUGUGACCAUCUGAUUUUUUCAUUGGCUAAGGUGAUGUCAUUGGCUCGUUUAUUAGGAGAUCCAGAACGAAGCUAGAAAGUCUCGAUGGAAGAUAAACCAGGGAAUGUUAGUAUUGAACAGGAGAGAUUUCAACUUCGAAGGCUUGAGAUCUCCGACAAGAAGAAGGGUUUUAUCGAAUUAUUACAACAACUGACUGUCUGUGAAUCUGUAUCUGACAAGGACUUUGAAGAACGAUAUCAAGAGCUUGCUAAACAUGGUGAUGAGCAUGUUAUAUGUGUAAUUGAAGAUCGACAUGGUGGGAAGAUUGUUGCUAGUGGAAGUGUUUUUAUUGAAAAGAAGUUUAUAAGAAACUGUGGCAAAGUUGGCCACAUUGAGGAUGUUGUUGUUGAUUCCUCAAUCAGAGGAAUGCAAUUAGGAAAGAAAAUUGUUGGGUUCCUCACUGACCAUGCUUGUUCAAUGGGUUGCUAUAAAGUGAUCCUCGACUGCAGCUUGGAGAACAAACCUUUUUAUGAGAAGUGUGGGUAUAAACAAAAAGAGGUUCAGAUGGUAAAAUACUUUAUCUGAAUGCAUCUUUUUUUUUUUUUUUUAAAUAAAUUUUGGGGUCCCAAUUGUACUAGCUGAUUAAAAGCUAACACACCAUUACAAGUUCUUUUUUUAUCAACUUGUCGCAGAUUAUACAGUUUGCUGUUGUUCUUUUAGAGCAUAAUUAUGUGUGUGCCAAUCAAGGGAUCUUGAAAUUUAA